GGAAUUUCAGACAAAUACACACACUCACCCACUGUCCACUCACUCCUGUCUUUUUUUGCUCAAAUCCCAGUAUUCCUCUUCCUCUUCCUCUUCCUCUGCUCUAUUCAUUCAUUACAAUCUACACUGCCUUCCUCCGUAUGGCAACCAAGCCACGCUAUUCUAUUUUGCAGAUUGUUAAUCAAAUAUUUGCCAUUAAUUUCAAUAAAUGAACUUCCUUUUUAGGACCAAGAAAAAGCAGAAAACUUCCCCUUUUUCUCCGUGACUUUCUUCCCACAUUCAUCGUCAUUUUCUUCCCUGUAAAUCUUGCCGAAACAUUGACUCUCCACGAGAAAGAAUUAAGGAGAGGUGUAAAAGAAAAGAAAUAUUCAAUCUUGACGGCCAAAGAGAUGGGAGGCCGAAGUUUAAGUCCGAUAGUUAGGAGGGAAUUGGAGAAUCUCGACAAGGAUGCUGAUAGUAGAAAAUUAGCAAUGAAGGCCUUGAAAUUGUAUGUCAAAGACCUGGAUUCCAAAGCCAUCCCACUUUUUCUUGCUCAAGUUUCCGAGACGAAAGAAACUGGCAAUGCUUCAGGUGAAUACACCAUUUCACUGUAUGAGGUUCUUGCCCGUGUCCAUGGACCAAAAAUUGUCCCUCAAAUCGACAACAUCAUGACCACCAUUGUCAAGACCUUGACUUCAAGCGCAGGGUCUUUUGCACUUCAUCAAGCUUGUUCUAAAGUGGUUCCUGCGAUAGCCAGAUAUGGAAUGGACCCCACUACCCCGGAGGACAAGAAGAGACACAUCAUUCAUUCCCUUUGUAAGCCCCUUUCAGAUUGUCUUUUGGGUAGCCAUGAGGUGUUAUCUUCUGGAGCAGCCCUUUGUUUGAAGGCACUUGUGGAGUGCGAUAAUUGGAGGUAUGCUUCGAAUGACAUGGUGAAUGAGGUUUGUCAAAGGGUUGCUGCAGCUUUGGACAAACACUUGCAGACUAAUUUACACAUGGCACUAGUGAUGUCUUUGGCUAGGCAUAAUAGUUCAAUUGUUGAUGCAUACGCGAGACUGUUGGUUCGAUCUGGAUUACAUAUCUUGAAUGAAGAUCUCAAUUCUCAAAAGAGGCUGACAGCCAUUCAUAUGGUUAAUUGUCUAAUGAAGUGUUUGGAUCCCAAAAGCAUCUCAUCUGAAUUGGAAAGUGUAAUGAAGGCUAUGGAGAAUUGUCAGUCUGAUCAGAUGGCUUAUGUGAGAGGGGCUGCUUUUGAAGCAUUACAAGCUGCAAGAAAGAUAUGUACUGAAAGAGGUUCCAAGAUUGACAGGGAUCAUACGGUUUCUAUAACUGGCUCCAAUUAUGAUAGGACAGGAAACAUGCGAAGAAGGCAUAUGUGGGGUUCUGGAGAUGUAUCACCUUUAAUUGCAUCACCUGAAUCACAGACUGUUGAUUCGUUUGUUGGACAUGAUUCCUACUUUGAUUCCCCACUUUCAACCAAUCAGGCAGCUUCUCCUAAACUUGCCUACGAUCGAAGGAAUGUGAACAGGAAAUUAUGGUCCACAUGCGAGAAUGGCUGUGCCCUAAACAUUUCUCUCAAAGAUGGAAUCUUUUCAGAAGCAACUCGCGGUUGGGUGAGUGAGAACUCUGAACAUAAUGAGUUCUCUGGUAAUUGUGGCGACUAUGAAAAUGGUUUUAAAGGAUUUUUGCAUGAUAGUGCCAGAUUUCGAGUUUCAAGAAGCACGACUCCAAGUCCUCAGAGAUCAUCACGCUCUCUGAUUAAUGUCGACAAUGUUAAAAUCUUCUCAACACCAAGGAAGCUGAUUCGUUCACUUCAAGAAAAUGAGGAAAGUUCUGACUCACUGGGAGAACAGGCGAAUAGAAGAUUCAGAAGUCCUUCAAGUCAAUACGAAAGGACGCCUACAUCAAAAUAUGUACCGAAUGGCAGCACACAUCUUGUUGAAAAUCAUGCGACUGAUGGAACUGUAAACCCUAAGGGCAAUGUCAAUUCAACCUCCUCCAGGAGUGAAAACUUUGUACAAGGAAGCUCAGAGUCAGUAUCUUCAACUGACAAUGGCUCUCCAGAGGUAGCAGUAACCAAUAAUAUCCUCCAAACUUAUUCUUCAAAGCUGGUGGAUCAGAAUCAGAAAUGGAAGAAGUUAACUUCAAAUACGGUCGGCAUUGGCAUUGCAUUUGCUGUCAUAUUGGCAGCAAUGUUGUGCUUCUUGUUUGAUGAUCAAGGAGAAAGUCCCAAUCUUAUUCCUACUUAAUAUUCCUACUCUACCUAGAGAGCUACAGCCAAGCUAAUGAUGCUCUUUUUGUGUGUAUGUGUGUGUGUGUUAGUAACUUUCAACUUUUUGAACCGGAUUAGGAAAGGAACUUGUGGAUUAAAACUUUUGCUAUUUUCAGUAGUUUUUAUUGUUCCAAUUCUUGCAUGGCUAGGAACUUGUAACUUGUAUUAGGAAGUGAAUGCUAUCUUGUUUGCCAUUUGCCAACUUUUUGCGCGACAACAUCAUUAUGUACCAACAGCAGUUUGCAAAUUAGCUGUUAAUUUCAGCGCCAUUUUCUAUAUGCUAACCAG